CUCUCUCUCUCUCUCUCUCUCGAACAGACACCCGAUUGAAGGGUGCUCUCUAGUCAAGACAGUGAAUUUGAGGUUGUCUUGGUUUCUGGGUUCCAUGGGCAGGUGGAGAAACCGCCUUCCUCGUCGGAAGUACGACCCCAAUCGCUAUCUUUACCAAGAAAGCGCUCACCGUUUCUACCACGACCCAUCUACUCCAGAUAACGUGCCUUCAUGGGAGAAGAGAUUCUGUAGACUGAUCGGAACAAUUCCAUGGGGGAAGAUUGUGUAUUCAAAGACGCUUUUGAACUACCAUGACAAUAUUUGCCACUGGGAUGAUUCCGCUGCUGAAGAGGCAUUCCAAAAUGCCAGGAAACGGUUUUGGGCAGAGAUCAAUGGCCUCCCUUGUGAUAUCUCUCUGCCUGAUCCAGAUAUUUAUAUGGACAAAAUAAAUUGGAAUCAGGCCAUUGACCCAGAACUUGUCAAGGACCUUGAUGAACAGUAUUUUAAUCCCGAUAUUGUUGAUGAAGACGAAGAGAUGGGGAGUAAAAAGAAAAGGAUUGAGAACCUAGUUGGCUCACCAUCUGAUAGAUGCAAUGUUGAUCCGAACGACAGCGAAAAUCCUUGGGAAAUAAACAAUUUACAUUGUGGCGAGGAUGUGAAGAAUUUAGCAUGGAGCAGAAACUCAUGGGAUGAUGAAAUUCGCACACCAGGACAUCUGCAUAGUGAUGGCAGUCCAUGGGAACAAGGCUUCUCUCAGGACAAUAGGGUGAGGAAGGAAAACGCAUGGGCCGACGGGGUCAACUUAUCAGGUUGGAACCAGUGGGGAGGUGAUUCUAAUCAGCAGAUCAGUGGUCAUUCUGAGAACAAUGAGAAAUGGGCCAAAACUGCCCUCAACUCUUCACUCUGGAAUGCUGAAAAGUCGAGGAAGUUCGGUUCGAAUCCUGAUGCUAUGGGCUAUGGCUAUAUUAGAGAAGAUAGAGCUCCAAACGAUGUAAGAUGGAGAGAGAAUGUGCCCACUACUUCAAGUGGUUGGAAACACCGGGACGAGUGCAAGGAUGAGCAAAGAAGCAGCAGAAGGACCUGGGUUCCCACAGAGGGCUCACGCAAGAGGGGAAGUUUUCAUCAGCACACAUCAAGGUACAGGAGCUCUGGGUUCCGGGGGGAGGAUAAACAAGCUAAACAAUAUUGGAGCAGUGAAAGAGAUAACCAGAGGGUUAGUUUCGCACUUCAGUAAUCUAUAGCCGUUUUUUGGUGUGGGGUUACUGCUUUUUGGAUCUUUGGUUUCAUCAAGUUGUUUGUAUAGAGAAUCCCAGGUUAGGGAUUUGUGCAAUCAGGAAUUAUAUUCAUUCAUUUUUUUUUUGGAACGGAUAAUUGCACAUCCAAUUUUGAUGGGCACUUCAAUGACUGAUGGUAGCAGAAAGUUGCUUGUUGAACGGAAAAGUUUC